ACUUGUCUGAUUUUUUUCCAGCUUGCCAUUGACACAUUGACGCAAACCCACCAUGUCUGUCACACUGCACACCGAUCUUGGCGAUCUGAAAAUAGAAGUCUUUUGCGAAGCCGUCCCGAAGGCAGCAGAGAACUUCCUUGCGUUAUGCGCUAGUGGAUACUACGACAACAACCUCUUUCAUCGAAAUAUAAAAGGAUUCAUGGUCCAGACGGGAGAUCCAACGGGGACAGGAAAAGGAGGGAACUCAAUAUGGGGCCGUAAAUUCAAUGAUGAGAUCCGGUCUACGUUAAAGCACAAUGCCCGUGGCAUACUUGCCAUGGCCAACUCUGGCCCUAAUACCAACGGAUCCCAAUUCUAUAUCACUUAUGCUAAGCAUGCCCAUCUAGACUCAAAAUACACAGUUUUCGGAAAGGUCAUAGACGGCGCUGAUUCCACUUUAGAAGCCAUUGAAAAAGUUCCUGUUGAUGAAAAGUACCGUCCUCGACAGGAAAUCCGUUUACGAAGCGUUACUGUACAUGCCAACCCUAUUGCGGAUCGCGACUUGUAGAUUCAUGUUACAGAUGGUGGUAUCCACCACCAUCUGUAACAUGAAGCCCAUUGUAGUUGUGUUCUUAAUGAUCUAUGUGAAUAUACUGAAGUUUGAGGGUCAAAUUGAA